GGGUGAGAGACAGACCUGUGAGAGCUGUGUGCCAGUGGGGAAGCCCCAGCACAGGGUGUUCCCCCCAUCACAGCAGCUCUCUUCCAUCCUCAUCCUCCUGCUGACUGGAAGCUGAGCUGCAUCCCCUGCCCUGUGGCAGCAGAAGGAGGGACAGAGGGAGACAGGCCCUUCUGGGCAGCCCAGGGAUUUCCAGGAGGAGCACCCCUGACCAAAGGAACACCAUGGACCGCUUCCGGAUGAUCUUCCAGUACUUCCAGUCCAACUCGGAGUCUGUAAUGAACGGGAUCUGUGGGCUCUUGGCCCUGGCAAGUGUAAAGAUGUACACCAGCUUGGACUUCAGCUGCCCCUGCCUGCCCCAGUACAACAUGGCAUAUGGCUUGGGGAUCAUGUUCGUGCCCCCCAUCAUCCUUUUCCUGUGUGGGCUCAUCCUCAACAGACAGUCCCUGGUGAUGCUGGAGGAGUGGAGGCGGCCGCCGGGGCGCAGGAGGAAGGACCUGGCUGUCAUCAGGUACAUGUGUUCCUCCAUCAUGCAGCGAGCCAUGGUUGCCCCUGUCGUCUGGAUCAUAGUCACCCUCCUCGAUGGCAAAUGCCUCAUCUGUGCUUUCAGUGGCUCCAUGGAUCCCCAGAAGUUUGUGGGCUUUGCCAAUGUGAGCACAGAGCAGGUGCAGCAGCUGCUGGCCAAGGUGCCCUGCAAGGAUGACGAGCUCGUGAGGAACAACACGUCCCGCAGGGCGGUGUCCAGGUACCUGCGCUGCUGCUCCCAGGCACUUGGCUGGAGCAUUUUGUUGGUCCUGAUCAUAGCAGCUUUCCUUGCCCGCUGGCUCAGACCUUGCUUCGACCAGGCCACCCUCCUGCAGGCACGUCACUGGAGCAACUACAUUGACAUUGAGCAAAAGAUUUUUGAGGAAACCUGCUGUGAGCACAGCCGGCUCUUUGCUCACAAAUGCAUCCUCCACUUCUUUGAAAGCAUGAGGCAAGAGAUCAAACUGCACAGCUUCAGCUUGCCUAGGGAGGGAGAGGGGGCUGAAGGAGGGGAAGGUCUUCUCCAGGGUAUCACAGAUCAGGACCAGGUGAACAAACUUCUGAAAACGUGGUACUAUGAGAAACCUCCCCUGGAUGUCAGCCAGGCACACCAGAGGCAUCCCCUGGUGCGGGAGAGAUCCCCUCUGCCCUGGGCAGACAAGGCCAGCACCCACUCCAGAUUCCCCCAUCACUCCAAUGUGUAA